UGGUCACCUGCACCUGAGCUUCACCCCCAGACAAGGAAAGGUACCUUUUACUUUCGUCGCAAGCAUGUGAUUGUCUGGCAUGUUGCCCCCGUUCCUUUGCCGACCAUGGCCGUCGCGACUCGUUCCUCCACCACGCUUCCCCAGACAAGCCACCACUCGCGUACACCUCUUCCGGCCUCGACAUCUUUUAAACAUUCCUAUCCCCCAUCGUCUUCUUUUCAGUGAACAGUCUAUUCCUUGCUCCUUUUCUAUCCUCCCACCUCGGACAGUGCCCGCCCCUCCCAGCACACCGCAUUGAAUCCUACUCAACCUCACCACCACACACCCCGUAGUCAUAAUGUCCAAGACCUUCUCGACCAGCGACGUCGCGGCGCAUAACAAGCCCGAGGAUUUGUACAUCAUCGUCGACGAGGACGUCUACGACCUCACAAAGUUCCAGGAUGACCACCCUGGCGGCAAGAAGAUUCUCCAGCGCGUUGCCGGCAAGGACGCCUCCAAGCAGUUCUGGAAGUACCACAAUGAGGGCAUCUUGAAGAAGUACAAGGCCAAGCUCCUGGUCGGUUCCCUCGACAGCAAGGCCCAGCCCGUCGAGGCCGCCCCCGCCGCCUCCGCUCCCGUUCCCAAGAAAGCUGCCUCCAAGAAGGCCGUCGCCAGCAGUACUGAGGAAUCCGAGCCCAUGGACCCCUUUGGCGAUCUGGUUCCCUACGCCGACCCCAAUUGGUACCAAGCCUACCACACUCCCUACUACAACGAGACUCACGCAGCCCUGCGCGCCGAGAUCCGCGAGUGGGUCGAGAACAAUGUCGAGCCCUAUGUCGCCGAGUGGGACGAGAAGAAGGAGGUUGACCCCUCCAUCUACAAGCAGAUGGGUGAGCGCGGCUAUCUGGCCGGUCUGCUCGGUGUCCACUACCCGACCCAGUACACCAAGAACACUGUCGCCUCUGUCGACCCCAAGGACUGGGAUCUCUUCCACGAGAUGCUGCUGACCGACGAGCUGUCCCGCGCCGCAUCCGGUGGUUUUGUCUGGAACGUCAUUGGCGGUUUCGGCAUCGGCUGCCCGCCUCUGGUCAAGUUCGGCCAAAAGGCCCUCGUCGACCGUAUCUUGCCCGGCAUUCUCAACGGCGACAAGCGCAUCUGCUUGGCCAUUACCGAGCCCGAUGCCGGCUCUGACGUCGCUAACCUGACGUGCGAGGCCAAGCUCAGCGAGGAUGGCAAGCAUUUCAUUGUCAACGGCGAGAAGAAGUGGAUCACCAACGGCAUCUGGUGCGACUACUUCACCACCGCCGUCCGGACAGGCGGCGAGGGCAUGAACGGUGUCAGCUUGCUGCUUAUCGAGAGAGGCCCCGGUGUCACGACUAGGCGCAUGGACUGCCAGGGUGUCUGGUCCAGCGGCACCACCUACAUCACCUUUGAGGAUGUCAAGGUGCCUGUCGAGAACCUGCUCGGCAAGAAGAACCAGGGUUUCCGAGUCAUCAUGACCAACUUCAACCACGAGCGCAUUGGCAUCAUCAUCCAGUGCAUCCGCUUCUCCCGUGUCUGUUACGAGGAGUCCGUCAAGUACGCCAACAAGCGUCGUACUUUCGGCAAGAAGCUCAUCGAGCAUCCCGUCAUUCGUCUCAAGCUCGCCCACAUGGCGCGCCAGAUCGAGGCCUCGUACGCGUGGCUCGAGAAUCUCAUUUAUCAGUGCGAGAAGAUGGGAGAGACCGAGGCCAUGCUCAAGCUUGGCGGUGCUAUUGCCAGUCUCAAGGCCCAAGCCACCGUCACCUUUGAAUUCUGCGCUCGCGAAGCCUCCCAGAUUUUCGGUGGUCUGUCAUACUCGCGCGGCGGCCAGGGCGGCAAGGUCGAGAGACUGUACCGCGAUGUGCGCGCGUACGCCAUCCCUGGUGGCAGUGAGGAGAUUAUGCUUGACCUGAGCAUUAGGCAGAGCAUGCGUGUGCACAAGGCUCUCGGCAUGAAGCUGUAAGGUGUAAGGUGGAACUCAAUGGCGAGAGGAAAGGGAGAGCCGGAGGGCCAAAGGCUAUCAUGUCAUGUAUGAAUAACCCAUCUUGGAUAUGUUUCAUUUUUCGGGGCGUUUUGCAUAGUGGCAAAACUAGGAUUAGAGUCCUGGGCAACACAGACUCAUCAUCGUAUAAAACAUCUCGUCGCAUUUA